GAUCUCGUCGCCUCACGUCAAGCUCAGCAAACAACCUACCCACCGACCUAAUUAAAAGAUCGGGUGGAGUCGGUGUCAUCCAUCCCCACUAUUGAUACAAUAACCACUUUAUCAUAACUGCCACGGCAGUAUUAAUAUCAAUUGCUCGGCUGUCGGAAAUUUCUGUUACUUUACAUUCCUGUAUUUCUCUAGCGACGUUGUUUAAUUCAGCAGCGACAGGCUCGCUCAGGCGCAGUUGGCAUAACACACCAUGGCUAAGUUAAUAUCGCGCGCGCUGGUGUGGGCGGCGGUGUUUGCGUAUGGGGUUUUCACGAUGAUUCUUUAUGGGGCUCAGGCGCUCGUUGCGGGGUAUUUCUUCAGGAGGACGAGUGAGAAGGAGAGGUUAGAGUUGCAGCUUGCUCGAAAUACGUUCUGGGAUCUAUCGAAGAAAUGGUCGGGCCUUUCCCAUCAAAUACUCACUCUGCGAAACGGGUUCAAAUUCCACUACGUCUGUAACGACCUUCCCGGAUCAGACGGUAACACGAAACCGCUGGUCAUAUUCAUCCACGGAUACCCUGAUAGCUGGGCGAUAUGGCGCUACGUGAUCAGCUCGGCGUCGCUCCAGCAGACGGCUUCGAUCGUUGCUGUCGAUCUGCCUGGUUUUGGAGGUAGUGAGGGACUGGGCAAAUACUCGGCGACGAGCGUGCUGGAGAAUCUGACGGAGUUUAUCAUUACGAUGAGGAUGUGCUAUGGGGUGGAGAAUGAUGCCGGGGUUCGGCAGAAGCCUACUGUUAUUGUUGCGCAUGAUUGGGGUUGUGUUAUUUCUAUGCGCCUUGCGGCUGAGGCGCCGGAGCUUGCUGAUCGGUUUAUUUUGAGUAAUGGCCCUUUGAUCGGUCACGUCUUCUCUAAUGUCCGCCGUCGCGUGUCCUCGGCCGUGAAGAUAACUAAAACGGCGCUGCGGUCUCCCGUCCGCAAUUUCUGGGUGUUCGGCAAGGCUUUGGGAACCCUCAAGCCCGUCUUCCUGCAACUACUCCGCUCAGGAUACAUCUUCGCCUUUCAGCUGCCUAUGCCCCUGGUCCAGUACCUUGGAGAAGGCGGCAACCAGUCAUUUCUCAAGCUCUGCCACAAGGUCUCCCACGGGAACUCCAAGUUCACAUCCCAACACGCCGCAGAAUGCAUGGCGAGCACUAUGGGACCGUCAAUCGAAGAAUGCAAGACCCAGACAGACACCGGCGACAGCUAUGCAGAGUCCGUCAAAGACCGCGCUCUCUCUAAUUUCACUCACAUGACCAGCUACUACCGCGAUGGCUGCGCCAUCGCCCGCUGGGACAAGUCCGUGGAGACCAUCGCCGCACUACACGCUAUCUCCCAAGGCGAACAGUCCCCGCGGGGCAACAGCGGCGCUGGACUGUUCAACGAGGGUCCGCCUGGGGCUCUUCGCGCGCGUGCGACUCUCGUGUGGGGGAAGAAGGACUUUGCGUUGAAUGAGCAUAUUUGUCUCGAUGGGAUCUCGGAUUAUCUUGGGACUGAUAGCCAGGUUGUCGAGCUUAGCCACUCAGGCCAUUUUACGCCCUUGGAGCAGGAGAGUCAGGUCGCGUUGGAAAAAGUCGCGGAGUGGGCUGCUAAGGGCGAGCGGGAGGAUAUCGCCACUGUUCUUCAGGACUGUUAUCCGGAUGCUGUUGUUAAGGUGCGAAAGUGAGCUUGUUGACGCGGGGACUGUGCGUCUGAGCUAGCAGGGGUGAGGCGACCAGUUCGGUUAUGUCCUCGACGACUUUUUCUGCUGCUGUCUGCUGUCAAUUGUUUGGGUUUUGGCUGGACUUGUAAACUUGGCUGCUUCUGCUGGCUUCGGGAAUCGUGAAUAACCGCUGGUUGUGUUUGACUUGGAUGCGUCUGCUUGAGCGGGAGUUUCUUUCGGUUUCCGGGCAGACAGGGUGUCUGCCCUUGUCGUGUUUUAUCUGAGAGGUUGUUAUUUGGCGAAGUAUAUGUGUAUAAUGAUUUAUUAGCAUGAACAAUGAGCAAUGUCGUGAC